GUAGAUAAAAUGUGGGGUAUAUCUUAUUGUGCGAUAGUGGCUGUGCUGCUCUGCGUGGCCUGGGCGGCGCCCCACGACGGGGACCACGCCGGUCACACAGAAGACCACCACCAUCACCUCCACCACGCCGCCGGCGAGGCCCACCCCCAGCACGGACACGGCCACGGGGACGAAGAGUCCUGCCACAAGCUGGCGCCCCACAACGCAGACUUCGCCUUCGCCCUCUACAGGAGCCUGAGCAAAGCCAACACCGAGAACAUGAACAUUUUCUUCUCUCCUCUGGGCAUUGCCACUAGCCUGGCUAUGCUGUCCCUUGGGGCUAAGGGAGACACCCACAGUCAGCUGUACUCCACUCUGGGCUACGGAGCCUUCACACCGGACCAGGUGAACAAGGCCUAUGAGCACCUGAACCACAUGUUGGGCCACACUGGGGAGGCCAUGCAGCUGGACAUGGGCAAUGCCUUGGCCUUGAGGGACGGCUUCAAGCCCCUGGCCAAGUUCCUGGAGGACGCUAAGCACUUCUACGCCAGCGAAGGCUUCACUGUCGACUUUACGAACCCCGCUGAGGCUGCCGCCGAGAUCAACAAGUUCAUCGCCAAGAAGACCCAGGACAAGAUCACGGACAUGGUGAAGGAUCUGGACCCUGAUACAGCCAUGGUGCUCAUCAACUACGUCUUCUUCAGAGGGAAGUGGGAUAAGCCUUUCGAUGCCACGCUGACCCACAAGGCUGACUUCAAGGUGGACGAGAACACCAAGGUUCAGGUGGACAUGAUGAUGAGGACGGGUCGUUUUGAGUUGUACAAGGACCAGGAUAACUUCACCACCGUGGUCAUGCUGCCUUACAAAGGCAACUCCUCAAUGAUGGUGGUCCUGCCCAACGACGGCAAGAUGGAGCAUGUGGAGGCCUUCAUCAACAAGGACUACCUGAAGCACGUGCACGAGCAUCUGUUCAGGACCAUCGUGGAUAUCUUCAUGCCAAAGUUCUCUACCUCUACCUCCUACUCCCUGGGAGACCAUCUGAAGGACAUGGGUGUGGUCAGUGCCUUCGGUAACACAGCUGACUUCUCUGCCAUCUCUGAGGAAACCAAACUGAAGGUGUCCAAGGUUACCCACAAGGCUGUGCUGAGUGUAGAUGAGAAGGGGACUGAGGCGGCCGCUGUCAAUACAGCAGAGAUGAUUCCCUUUUCUCUCCCAGACACCAUCAUGCUCAACAGGCCCUUCCUGCUCUUCAUCCUGGAGGACUCUACCAAGAGCAUCGUCUUCAUGGGCAAGGUCACCAAUCCCAGCCCCAAAUGAACUACAGAGAGGGAGGGAAAGGGAGGGAGAGAGGGAAAAAGAGGAAGAUUGUGAAGGACAUCUGAGGAGAUUUAAGAAAGGUUUUUGUCUCUCAUGCUUUAACAAGUGGCAAAACAUAUCUGUAUCUGACUUUGCGGUUUGCAGUUGUGGCAUUCAAGUGUCGGCCAUUUUGUCUACAUGUGUUUUUGUAUCAACUGUAUACCUUAUAGCAGAGGUGUGUGUGUUUGUGUUUGCAGUUGGCUUAAAAUCAUACUGAUGUCCAUGCUGGUCUGGUGAUAGUGAUAUACCAUCGUUAUGUCUCUGGAAGUUGUCUAAUGCAUCUUCAUAAAAUAAAACCGUCUCCCAACAGCAUUAAAAAUAAAAUGUAAUGUCAUAAUUUUGAACAGUUUAUACUAGGCUGAUGUCUCAAGCAUGGGUUUAUCUGCAUGCAUUUCGACUGAUAUCUCAUCUUGAAUGUGAUCAUCUCAAAUCAUUGAUUGGGUUAGAUAGCCCCAUGUCAGCAUUGCCAUUCUUCUUUGAUGUAGAAUUUUCCAAAUUUUCCAAUGGACUAGCAUUUUAAAUCUGUGUAUUGCCAGGUAGACUGCUGUCUGUCAAGAACAGUGAUCUGGAUGGAUCCUGAGCUAAAACGUUUUCCCAGUAGAGGAUAGGGACCUGCGUAGCCUGAGGUUCCUCGGCCCUAGCUGAGUCUGUGACGUUUGACCUGUAAAUAGACAGUUGCUGCUGGGAAGUUUAUGUAAUCAAUCAAUACCACCUGUCCUCAUUCUAUCCCCUCAUAUGCUGACUCGUGAGAAAGACAUGAGGGAAACAUACACACCUGACCCCAUAUGGUAUGGUCUGUGGACUGUGUCUAUAUAUAUCUUCAAAUAUAGCUUUUGAUUAUUUAAUUUUUCCUGUUUCAGGACAAAACAAUAAUCCAAUUGUAAAGAUACAGAUACAAAUAUCUAAUACCAUUUGUUAAGACACAUACUGUAUAUUGCUUCAACCACAAAAUGAACACUGAACAACUUCAACACAGAUGGCUGACAAAUCGAAACAGAACAAUGCAGUACUUCAUAGAAUUCACUUUCAUUGAUCCGUGGGUGCUCCUAGAAAUCAGUGUGUGAAGAAAAGCAUUAUAUACAGUGAAUCCCUGAGACAUAUUUUAAGACCAACGUUCGACAUACAGUAAUUGUACACGCAUUGCAUUGGAGGGAAAAACUGAUAGAAGAAGUUGUGGACAAUAUCUCUUAGAGGGGGGUGCCCCACAUCUCAAUGGUGUGUCUAAUCUACCCAUUCUUCCCAGACCAGUUGAUAACCCAAGCACCAUUUUGAACCUUCAAAAAAACCAACCAGCUUUGUUCGUCAUUAGCUUGUUCAAACUCCCUCUUCUUCCCAACCCCAACCCCCCCUUCUUCAAACCCCAACCCACUCUUCUUCAAACCCCAACUUCCUCUUCCUCUCAUCCCCAAGAAAUGUGUUAAUUUACUUUUAUCUGUUCAAAUUCAAUCUUCUUUCUUUCUUUGUCUUGUCUCUGUCCCGUUCUGAAAGCGCCUCAUUGCUGCAGAUUCAUUUCAAUUAAUGUCACGUUUGCAACCAUAUCGCUUGAAACAAUGCACAGGAACUUUCAAGGUGGAAUAGUCCAUUAUUAUAAACCAGUCCGUGGGUGAUUAAUGAUACUUGUUCCUGCUAUUAUGAGAAAACUUGGAUUAUAUUAAUAUUGAUAUGAAAUAUACAGUAUGUCUAUGUAUGGAAAUAAAUUAUUGUUCUAUUAUGAAUUAUUA